GAGGGAGGCUAGGAUUGGCCGAGUCAGUGGCAGGGUGGGGAACAGUCAGGACAGACAAAGCAUUUACCUGUCUAGGUAAGUCAGGAGGAGGUCAAAAGGAGAAGAAAACAGUAAGAGGCAACGAAGCAGCCUCUGUCUCUGCCCUUUGAUAUAAAAGGGUAUUUCUUUUCCUCUCUUCAGCCCCCAACCCAGUGGAGGCCCGGCUUGGGACAUUGUUCACUUCCCCUCACUUCCCCUCUGGGAGCCCCCUUUGCCAUCCCUGCGCCUUGUUUCAGGCGAUGCCCGAGAGGGAGCUGUGGCCAGCGGGGACUGGCUCAGAACCCGUGACCCGUGUCGGCAGCUGUGACAGCAUGAUGAGCAGCACCUCCACCCGCUCUGGAUCUAGUGAUAGCAGCUACGACUACCUGUCCGCUGAAGAGAAGGAGUGUCUGCUCUUCCUGGAGGAGACCAUUGGCUCACUGGACACAGAGGCUGACAGCGGACUGUCCACUGAUGAGUCUGAGCCAGCCACAACUCCCAGAGGUUUCCAAGCACUGCCCAUAACCCAGCCCACUCCCCGGGGAGGUCCAGAGGAGAUCAUCACCCAGCAAGGACCAGAGCCAAAGACAGUGACAGAGCCCAGCUCAUCCCAUCCUCCCGAGCCCCAGGGCCUGGGCCUCAGAUCUGGCUCCUAUAGCCUCCCCAGGAAUAUCCACAUUGCCAGGAGCCAGAACUUCAGGAAAAGCACCACCCAGGCUAUCAGGCACACCCCUGGAGAACCCGUGAGGCUUGUGCCAGGGCCUGAGAAAGAGCAAGUCAGCCAGAGCAGCGAACCCAGCCAGGCACCUGCCAGCCCCCGGGAGGCUACCCUUGACUUGGACGUGGUGCUCAUCCCCCCACCAGAAGCUUUCCGGGACACCCAGACAGAGCAGUAUAGGGAAGCCAGCCUGCCCGAGGGGCCAGGACAGCAGGGCCACGCACCCCAGCUCCACACACCAUCCUGCUCCCAGGAGAGACAGCAGACUGCUUCAAAGGCCAUGUCCCAAAAAGCCAAGGAAACAGGCUCAACUGGGUGCACACAACAACCCCGGCCUCCUCCUGCAGUGUUGCCUCAGAAUGUAAAAGCUGAAGAUGCUCUCCUCCCAUCAGGGGAGGACCCAAACACCCGACUGGCUCCCCUCACAGCCCCUAAGCCCCGGAAGCUGCCACCUAAUAUUGUUCUGAAGAGCAGCCGAAGCAGCUUCCACAGUGAUCCCCAGCACUGGCUGUCCCGCCACACUGAGGCUGCCCCUGGAGAUUCUGGCCUGGCCCCCUCUUCACUGCAAGAGCAGAGGAAAGCACGUAGAGAAGCCCUGGAGAAGCUGGGGCUUCCCCAGGACCAAGAUGAGCCUGGACUCCACUUAAGUAAGCCCACCAGCUCCAUUAGACUCAAGGAGACACGUGCCCAGCGUCCGUCCCCAGCCCCAGCUCAGGCCUCAGCAGCUAUCCCUGCUGCAGGGAAGCCUCUGGUUCGAGCUCCGGCUCCAGCUCCAGCUCAGGGACCUUUGCCAAUGAAGUCUCCAGCUCCAGGCAAUGUCGCAGCUACCAAAUCAGUGCCAAUUCCUAUCCCUAAGGCUCCAAGGGCAAAUAGUCCCCCGACUCCACCGAAGCCUGACUCAGCCCUGACUCUCCAGGAGAGCAACAUCCCUGGCCUGAGACAGAUGAACUUCAAGUCCAACACUCUGGAGCGCUCAGGCGUGGGGCUGAGCAGCUACCUCUCAGCUGAGAAAGACGCCAGCCCCAAAACCAGCACUUCUCUGGGAAAGGGCUCCGUCUUGGACAAGAUCUCGCCCAGCAUCUUGCGUAAUUCUCGGCCCCGCCCGGCCUCCUUGGGCACAGGGAAAGACUUUGUAGGUAUCCAGGUAGGCAAGCUGGCUGACCUGGAGCAGGAGCAGAGCUCCAAGCACCUGUCCUACCAAGGACAGAGCAGUGACAAGCUUCCUCGGCCCCCCUGUGUCAGUGUCAAGAUCUCCCCAAAAGGUGUCCCCAAUGAACACAGAAGGGAGGCCCUGAAGAAGCUGGGACUGUUGAAGGAGUAGACUCUGCCACCAGCACUGCCAGCACUGCCCCCGACUUGGCUGAACAAGAAGAGACGCAGGCUCCAAGUGGGAGCCUUUGCCAUCGCAUAACUUAAGGCUUGGGCAGGGGAAGGGUUCUCUCAGAUGCUCUCUGCUGGAGAUGAACGGGAGGGAGAGAUUUGAAUCGAAGCAUACGUUUAUAUUCAGAGUGUUGUGCCAUUGAGUGCCCACAUGGAUCAUUCUGAAGGUGAUCUUCACAAGAGGGUGUGUGUGUGGCGGGGGCGGGAGGGUGGGGCGGGAUACAUCACUGAAGCUAUUUAUGUAACACAAUGAGUCAUUGUUCAGAAUUUUGCUCUUGUUAGAGGUUUUCUUACACUGGGUAGAUUCAAGCCUAGCCAGAGCUGAGUGGAGGGGAUGGCCAUGCCUGAGAAGAAAAGUCAGAUGAGACAAUGGACAUGUCAGUGACUUGAACAGUAGUUACAGCCAGCAAAUGCAGGCUCACAUGAAAUGCGGGCCUCCUGGAAUCCCUACAGUGGAUGGAGACUGGCUCAUACCUUGCCAGAUCUCUCUCUCUCAGUUCCAGCCUUCUGGACAAGGCCUAGGCUAAGAGGAGCUGGUUCAUUAUCUCUUCGCCCACUGCCUUCUCAGUAUCACCAGUCCCAAAGACAGGACACAUCCCUGUAACCCAAGCUCUGGGUUGACUGACAGCAGAACAGCUCUCAGUUGGUCUGAGAAGGCAGGAUAAGUGACCACAUACUCAUGCCACUACCUCCACCAGGGAGAGUCCUUCUCCACAGGCUUGAUAAGCUCAGUUACAAACUGUGCUGUGGUCCCCAACUCUGCUGCUCCUGUUCUUCCUGCUUUCCUGCUCCCUAUCUCAGCCUGCACAGACCCCAGGGCUAGGCUGACAUUGAGAUGGGAGCCCAGCCCACGGGCUUUAUAAACGCCCAAGAACUGUUUCAUAUCUUCUCUGUGUUGAUGCAGGUAGUUUUAAAUUUUUCUCGGUUCCAAUGAUGGAAAAGCUACACCAUACAUCCUCUGCCAGUCUUAGCAGAAUAUCAGAGGUAAGAGGCGCCUCAGAGAAGCUCCAACCCAGUGCUGCUGGGGAAGAGAAAUGACUUACCUCGGGUCAGCCUGCCAUUUAGGGAAAGAGCUGAGGUUCUUACCCUCAUUGCCUGCUGCCACCUCUCCUUAGCCAGUGCUGUUGUACAUCCACACAGCACCCUAAGAACUCAUAGUCACUAUCAAAGACUCAACCCUAAGGUCCUUCGAGAUCUCAAAGUGUCUUCUGAAGCAUCAGAGAUUAAAUAUUGUUCAGAAUAU